AUGAUUCCCGUUGAAAACUUCUACUUCUGCAAUGUGAGCAAGCGCCGCAGAACCCAUCCCGUUCGCCGCGCCAGAGCUGAGCAUAACCGUGCGGGUGCUGCUCCCGCAGCGAUAGGAACAGGCCUGGGCAAUCUGGCCGUGCUGAGCAACGAUGUCGUGCUCUUCAUUCUCGAGUGCUGCGACUUCAAGACCUUGAAAACGUUGAUGGCAAUCCCCUCAUUCGCCCGGCUGAUCCAGAGGCACGAGGCCAACAUCUGCAAGGGCCUGCUGCGAGCGCGGCAUCUCGACGAGGCCGUCAUCAAAGGGGGCUAUGUCGUCGACUCACUCCGUUGCAGAUGCGGAAACCCGUGUGGACCGCAGUGGCUCCUGCCCGUCGACGCCCUGUUGGCGGUCCAUGCCAUCGAGGAGCGCGCCAGGGUUGUCGAAGGCGUCCUGGACAGCGACAACUACUUCAUGGGAAUGGACAGCGAGUGGCCGCGACUCGACAACGCGGAGCAGCGCGAGAAGACGAGGGAGAUGCUGCGCGAGGGCAUCCGGAUCUGCGAUCGCCUAGGGGACUUCGAAGGUGGGGUCAUCGACCACGCAAAUGCCAAGUUUCCCAAGGACAGACGCCUCCCGCUGACCAACCUUGAGCUCGAGAGCGGAGUCGCGAUCCCUCACUAUCCCGCGACGAAGCACACGUCCCGCGUACCGACGGCCGGCGAAAUAGAGAAGAGGAACUACGCUCGAUGGCGUCUCCGAAAACUUCAGAGUGAGUUCAUUCAGUCUUGCAGCUUAUAUGAUUUGUGCUGCCUCGUGCUGCUGCUCGAGCUCGCAAGCAAGUACGGCGUGCCAACUGGCCCGGCCGGCCCGUACUCGAGUGGCACGAACGAAUCGAUCCUGCGUCACGGGAGCUGGUUCCUGGCAAGCUGGGCCCAGACCAAGAAACACCACUGCUUUGGUCAGCACUCAUAUGCCAGCGAAGUUUCCUCUGCCGCGCACAGAGACUUGAGCAAAUGCACAGUGGGCCGAGGUCUCAAGUGGGCCGGCAUCAGGCAAGACGAGCUCACGGUGGUCCUGGGGAAGGAGCUGCGAGACAGACUCGGCUAUCCGCUUGGAGAGGAAGGCAUGGAGACGGAUGUGUUGGCAAGAAUCGACGAGCUGAUUCGGGGCCCGCAGACGGACGAGCCGAAGACCUCUAUGUUUGAUGAGAAGCCGGUGCGACAGUAA